AGCAGCUUCAGCAGCAGCUAGCAGCAGCUAGCAGGCAGGUAACAGACCAAGCUGAGGCUGGAGCUAACCCUCUGGGAGAAGCGGGAUGGAUUUCACUCAGCACAACUGAUUGAUCGGCGCUCACUUCUUCCAGUGAAACAAAAUGUCCAGUAGAAGUCAGCACUAUGCAUUCCAGUCAGCCACCAUGGUGCAGCCUGCCAACGGCGGUCAUGCCUAUCUCUUUGGAAACAACGGCUCGGAGAACGACCUGUCGGAGGAGGACAGCGAGAUCUACGAGCUGCGGCCUCGCGGCAGAGAGAGGCUACGGAAGAGCACCUCCAGAGAGAGGAUGGACGACAUUAUCUACCUGAGCAAAGACAUCCAGGAGGGGGACACCCUGAACAGCAUCGCCCUGCAGUAUCAUUGCUCGGUGGCUGACAUUAAGCGUGCCAAUAAUCUCUUGACAGAGCAGGACUUCUUUGCGUUGCGUUCCGUUAAGAUUCCUGUGAGGCGCUUCAGCGUCCUCACAGAGACUCACAGCACCGGGCCUGUCAAAUCGGCCUCGCCCUCAGGAGACGGGCGCCUGCCUCAGAUCUCACCCGUUACCUUUCUCCCUCUCGAGUCCUGCACAGACUCUUCUUCUUCUACCGACAGCGUGGAAGGAUUCCUCCUGGAGAAGGACAAGGACAUUGAGCGGCUGGUGAAAUCCACAGGCCCGUCUCGGAGCAGCCUGAAUGAGGUGGUCUCCUCCUUAACACUGCAACAGCAGCAGCCACUGCUAGCAGACGGAGAGUAUAAACCAGCACCGAGAAAGGACCCUUAUUAUGGAGCAGACUGGGGCAUGAGAUGGUGGAUGGCAGUGGUCAUCAUGCUGGUUGUUGGUAUCAUCACACCUGUGUUUUAUCUGCUGUAUUAUGAGGUUCUUGUGAAAUCUGAUGUCAGCCAUCAUGGCGUCCCUGAACAAGCCAAUGGCAGCAUGCCACAUGGAAAUCUCCAUGGCAAUAAUUUGGACCCUCCUGUUGGAGAAAACAACAAUGCAGGAGCUGGGCCUGGACAUUUGGCUGGAAAUAUGGUUAAAGGAGAUCCCUCAGAACUGGAUGUGGACAAAGCAGGAGACGGUGGACAAGGAGGCCAUGAGAAAACAUAGCAAGGGAUAAUAAUUUUAUAUAUAAAUGUGUUGCUCGCUAAGAGACCUUAUAAAGUGGGUCGAUGCUCGCAUCUUUAAAAGUUUUUAUAGACUAACUACAUCAAUGCAAUCUGACUGACUAAGACAGUCUUUUAUAUGGUUGAGAGACCAGAAAUAAGGGUAAAGGCCACAAAAUUUCCCUGUGUUGGUCCACAGUUUUAUGCUUUUUAACAAGCAACACCUUUGGGCUGAAAACAGAUCCAGCUGUCUCUGCCAGAUGUGUCGCUUUUGACAGACAAAUGUUACAAAAGGUUGAUUUUUUUGGAACCGAUGUUAAGUCUCAGAGUUUGUGUCAUCAGCAAAGCCAGGAGAACCUGUGAUGUUUUUGUCAUCUGGGCUGCUGCAUUUUCAGGAAACUCCACACAAAGACAGAAAAGUCCUCAACCGUUUCCACAGUGAUGAAUCAGUGACCAAACCUUAUGAGGAUCAAUUCUGUGGAUUUAAUUUAACUCCAAAUCCACAAAAUUACUCAGAUUGGUCCAACUGUAUUUGUUUCCAUGAAAGUAUGAAUGUUGCCUUUACGCUCAAUACAGAAUUAAUUUAUUUCCCUAUCAGUAUCAGUACUGGGAGUUCCCCGGAGAGAACUGGGUUUUGUUGAAACAUUUAUUAAAAACUGAUAAGAGCAUGUUGAAGAAAAUGGGAAAAUGCACAGUAUUCCCACAAUGACUCAUACUUGUAAUUAUGUAAUUUCAGACUUUGUUAUAUAGCCCUUUUAUUUCAUCACUGUGUUCAUAUUUUAUGACAAAGCAGUUUGUGUUGUUGACAGUAUGUGCCUUUCAGCCUGUGGAAGAGUGCUACAGGCUGGAUAAUAAAUAAAUCUAUUUUGAAUAAAUUAUUGCCAGUA